CGGCCCUGCCCGGCCGCAUCCAGUCCCGGGCCCCCGGUUGCCGGCCGGGUCGCGCGGCCCGCGUCCGAGAGCGUCCCCGCGGCCCGGGAGCCAUGCUGUGCGGGCGGUGAUGUCCGCGGAACAGGAGAAGGAGCCCACCGCGCUGAAGAGAGCCCGAGACUGAUUGGGAAUUUUGCUGCUGUCUUAACUAAGGGAGAUCAGAGAGCGCGAAGUCCUAGACAAAAGACGCCGCUUGCGAGCGAGUUCACGAGCCAGAUGCCUGCAGGAAAUGUGGGGGACCCUGCAGCUCGGUUUCCAGCUCUUAGAGGUGGUGAUAGUGGACUGGAUGGGUUAGGAGGACCAGGUGUACAACUAGGAAGCCCCGAUAAGAAAAAACGAAAGGCAAAUACACAGGGACCAGCUUUUCUUCCGUUGUCUGAGUAUGCACCACCACCGAAUCCAAACUCUGACCAUCUAGUGGCUGCUAAUCCAUUUGAUGACAACUAUAAUACUAUUUCCUACAAACCACUGGCUGCAUCAAAUCUGUAUCUGAGCCCUGGUUACCCUGGCUUUGGAGGAUACAGCACAUUCAGAAUGGCACCUCACAUCCCCCCGAGAAUGUCCUCGCCUUACUGCGGCCCCUACUCCCUCAGGAAUCAGCCACACCCAUUUCCUCAGAAUCCACUGGGCAUGGGUUUUAGUCGACCUCAUGCUUUUAACUUUGGGCCACAUGAUAAUUCCAGUUUUGGAAAUUCAUCUUAUAAUAAUGUACUAAAUCAUAAUGUUAAUAUGCCUAAUCAACAUUUUAGGCAAAAUCCUACUGAAAAUUUUGUUCAGAUUCUUCCACAGAAUGCUAGCCAAGUAUCUAAUUCUGAUUUUGUAUCUAAUUUUGUUCCUGGAAAUAAUUCAAAUUUUGCUUCUCCAUUAGAAUCUAAUUCUUUUAUUCCACCCCCAAACACUUUUGGUCAAGGAAAAGGCCCCCCUCCAAAACAAGACUUUAGUCAAGGAACAACCAAAAACACUAAUCAGAAUUCUACCGCUCAUGCCCCUCACUUAAAUAUGGAUGACACAGUGAACCAGAGUAAUCCUGAACUAAAAAAUGCCAAUCGAAACAGUGCAGCAAGUCAGGAGAACAGCAGGUCAAGCAGCGCGGAAGCUGCACACGGCAGCCACGCCAAUGGGACGCAGAAUAAGCCGCGACAGCCCAGGGCCGCGGUCGACGUGGGCCCCGCCGAGAAGGGCAGUCGGCCCUCGCUGCCCCCGGGCCGCCACGGCCACUCGGCGUCCGACCCUGUGUACCCCUGUGGGAUCUGUACGAGCGAAGUGAACGACGACCAGGACGCCAUCUUGUGCGAGGCCUCCUGUCAGAAAUGGUUCCACCGCGUGUGCACGGGAAUGACGGAGACGGCGUACGGGCUGCUGACGGCGGAGGCGGCCGCUGUGUGGGGCUGUGACGCCUGCAUGGCAGCCUCGGACGUGCAGCUGAUGCGCACCCGGGAGGCCCUAGGGCCCGCGGCGCAGGGGAGCGAUGCCUGAGAGCGCGCGGACCUCAGCCCGAGUGCUGCUUGUGGCCUGCGUGUUAGGGGUCUGGCCACAGGAUUUUAGUAUUUGACAUUAUUUUUAAAAUAGCACAGAAACAUUAUUUAUCUUAGUUUUCCAUUAAUAUUCUGCUUCGUUACUAGUUCAGGUUCUGUAUUAUCUUUGUUGGGUAUUGUAAAUGAGAAUAUUGUAUGUGGGGGUGCGUUAGAAACAUUUAUAAAUAGAUGUUAGUAAUUUAUCCUAAACAAAGCCUCUUGAAGCUUCAAAAUAAUAAUUACAGGCCAAUGUUAACUUUUAAAAGUUAGAAUCACUGAAAAUUGUAUAUUUCAGUACUGACCUUUGGCCAUGGCACAUUAAAUAUUAAGUUCAAAAAGUUUUUCAAGAUGCAUUUAACAUGUUUUUCAAAUAUAAUAUGUGUCUAUAACAUGGGGGACAGCAUACAUUUCAAUGGAUUUUUAGAAAAUAAUAUAGUGUGAUACCAGAUCCCUCCCCCACUAGGGUCUUUAGAAUUAGGGACUUUCUUUCAUAUGUUCAGGUUAGUCUUUCCAGGAUAUCUACACAGAUAUGAGACAGAGACAGAUCGUAGCAUAUAGUAGAUUUUCAGUGAGUACUUGCUUAUAAUUUGUGGACUGUACCACGUGAAAUUGCUAGUAUUAGAUCAGUUGAAAAUUGACUACAAUAAGUAAACUUGACUACUUAAAUUAUGAUAGCAUUAUGCUACUUAGAAUUGUACUACUUAGAAUUAUGAUCGCAUUAUACUCUUAAUUUUUCUUUAUUGAGUUGUUACUGCUUUCCAAAGAAAUAACUAAAUAACUAAUUCCUCAGAGGAAUUAUGAACACUUUCAUUUAUAUAAUUUAUAACUGGGACAUAUUGCAAAAGAGGAAAGUCUUAGAGGGCUCUGCUAACAAAAGAACUACUCAGUAGGAGCCGGGGAUGUAGCUCACUGGCGUCUCGCCUGCCUGGCAAGCGCAAGGUCCUGAGUUCGAUCCCCGGUACCACAAAAAACAAAACAAUAAAACUACUCUGUAGUAGUGUGAAAAAUCUUGGUAUAAGGAUCUGAAUUUCUAAAGUGAACCUCAGAGAAGAUCAAAAUCCCAUUUUAAAUAAGGACCAAUUAAUAGCCAAGGUGAAACCUAACUUCCAAGGCCUCGCUGAAGGCUUGAGAGUUUCUCCUGUCACGGGAGAGUUUGAAAACGGACCUAGUAGUACACUACUGGAGAGCACCGACAAGAGUAUGUUCAAUGAGAAUCAAAACAGCAAAAACCUCAUUUUUAGAGCAGAUUAUAACCUGUGGCCAAAUAAACAUAAAGAAAGAUACUGUAUAGGGCCUGGGAUGUAGCUCAGUGGUGCCACUGCCUGCCUCGAAAGUGCAAGGUCCCGAGUUUGAUCCCUGGUACAAAAAAAAAAAAAAAGAAAAGAAACUAUGAUAGUCGACAGCAAGCCAUACAAUGGUUGGAUGUUGACGAAGCUCCCUAAUAAUGCACCGCUGCAGUCACAGCGAUCAAAAGUUCUGACAGCUAUGGUGAUCUGUUAAAGAGAUAAUUACUACAGUGUAAGAGCUGGGGAUUUAACUCAGUGGUUCUGGCGCCUGCCUCGCAAGUGCAAGGAUCCCGGGUACCAAAAAAAAGUAAUUACUACAGUGUAAACCUGAGGGAUGCAAUGACAGCAGCAACAUGUUAAGAAAUUUAAAUUGCAUAUAUACAUUUUCACUCACGAACAUCCUUUGGUUACCAAAUGUGAACCCAUACUUUAACAUGACAGGACUUUACCUCAUGUGUCUCAAGCCACCCAAGCAAAGCCUGGACUGUGAAAUUCUGUCACAUCCCUCAAAGCCUCUGGACCUUUAGCUAAGAGAUUGCCAUGUUUUUCAUCCUUUGGAUCUUUUUCUAAGAAACAACACAGCUGGAUGUGGUGGCGCAUGCCUGUAAUCCCAGCACUUGGGAAGCUGAGUUCAAGGCCAGCCUGGACAACAUAGUGAGUUCAAGGCCAGCGGCUUGAACUACAUAGAGAGACCCUGUCUCAAAACAAACAAACAAACAACACACUUCCCAAUUGAGAAACAGUAACUGGAGGAUUUGAACAAUUUAUACAGUCUAACAAUAAUUUUAUGAAAAUUAAAGAUUUAAUAUCUUAGAAAAAUGCUGAUGCAUAUUUUGAUGGAAUAAAACUUAUUUUUUUAAAUAGUGUUUUAAUUUUUACUUACAAAAUAGCAAUUUCAUAUGGUACAAGGCAAUACAAGGUUUUCUCCACUUACACUUGACUAGAGAUGAGUAUAGAUAUUUUCAGUAGUUGUGUAUGUAUAUCAUCAUGAUUUUAGAAAAUGAAAUUCUAUAAACCCCAACACUAGUUAUUUGUUUGUGUGAAAAUGUUACCAGUCGAAGCAGAUUAUGAUGUAGUGUUUUGGACUGACUCUGGCAUUGGUCUUCAGUGAAGAUAUGUGAAGAUCCUAUUUUGCUUACAUUAAAAUUUUUACUAGAGAUAAAUAAUUCUAUAAAUGUGUAAGGACCUAGUUUUGUGGGUUUUUUUUUUAAUCCUGUUGAGUGCUCAUUUUUUGGGGGGGGGUACCGGGAAUCGAACUCAGGACCUUGAUGAAUUUAUGACUGCAUUAGAACUAGAUUUUGUUUUUUGGUACAGAGGAUUGAGCCCAUGGCCUCGUGAAUGCUAGGCAAGCACUCUCCCACUGAGCUACAUCCCCAGCCCACAGAAGUAGGUGUUUUGAGUAGAACCUUCCGAUGCUCUCAGGAGUCCAAACUUCACAUGGUAGUACUCAGUUGUGCUCAUUGUUAAAAUUGAUUGUGCUUUUUAUUAAAGUUUACUGCUUACAGUUUCAGUAGUUAGCUGUUUUUGUAAAAAAUAAAACGGCUCUCCCAAGAUAGUCUAAAAACAUUUGAUUUAUAAAGUGAUUCUUUCAUUUUCUAUUUUCAAACAAUUAUCUUAAAAACACACAGACCAGUGAAUAUUUAUUCAAGUGUUUAGGUUUUCAAAUCACCUUACUUAAGUAAGAAUCUGUAAAUAUUCUAAAGAAAAACCAUAGUUGAUUCUGACGUGAGUCACAGCCAAACUGUAAUCGCACCUAAUGAAGGUUUCCAUAUGUUUGAAUUUUCUUACUACUUCCACAUUUAUCUCUACCAAACACUUGUCCAAAAUUACAUAGAUACUUUCGGGUAGGAGAAGUGGUGAACUAUGAGAAUGGCCA